CUUCUCGCACCACGCAUUAUGCGUCUGGCGGCGUAAUCAUACAUCACAAUCACAUCAUCCUACGCGCCUGACCUGCUGCGGCAAAUCAGUGAGCGCACUCAUUUCGUUUGUUUUGUUUUAUUCUCGUCUCGUCUUUCUGUUAAACAUCUAUCUAGAGGAGCCCAAUUCUAGUGCUCGCGGGCUCGUGCUUCGCCUCGGGAGUUCUGUGCCUCGGUAAAAAUCGAGCGUAUAUCAUUGCCGCAACACAUCUCGUGCUUCCUUUCUGCAUAUAUACAGUCAGCUUCGUCUCCCUAUUUUUUAUGCAGUUUUGUCACGCCGUGAAAUGAAGUGCGGCAGUGCUUUGAGUCUCGUCACGGUGCUUACAGCGGUUUGGGCUUGCGCCGCCGGCGUUUCGGCCGACACGAGGAGCCAAAAGCAUUCCACCGUUCUCAUCGCUACUUUGGUUCGCAACAAGGCUCAUACACUGCCCUACUUUCUAACUCUCAUCGAAAACCUGGACUACCCGAAAGACCGGAUAUCACUGUGGAUUCGAAGUGACAAUAAUGUGGACAACACCUUAGAUCUGUUGAAAACGUGGCUAGAGACGGAGGAAAAAAAAUACCACAAGAUUUACUUCACGUACGAUGAAAGUUCGCGCGGUUUCGAAGGGGAAAAGGGCAUCGCCGAUUGGAACAACGCAAGAUUCAAUCACGUGAUAAAUCUGAGAGAGGAAGCUCUCGCGAAAGCGAGAAAUAUAUGGGCUGAUUUCCUUCUGAUGAUCGACGCCGACGCUUUUUUAACGAAUCCAAAAACGCUUUCGGAAUUAAUAUCCAAAGAUGAGACGGUCGUUGCACCGUUGUUAAAAUCGGACGGUAUGUACAGUAAUUUCUGGGCUGGAAUGACCAAGGAGUACUACUACAUGCGGACAGACAGAUACAAGCCGAUAUUGUUCAGAGAGAAGAUUGGAUGCCACACAGUUCCUAUGGUACACAGCGUGGUUCUUAUCAACUUGAAAAAAACCGAAAGUAAUUUACUUACGUACAACGCUGAUAAACUCGGCCCGCGCCGAUACGACGGGCCUAGAGACGACAUCAUCACAUUUGCUGUUGGCGCUAAUAUUUCCGGCAUUCCAUUGCAUAUCUGCAAUGAUCAAGUUUACGGCUUUAUUACGGUGCCCCUUGAGAGCCAGGAUACAAUAUCUCAAGACAAGCAGCAGCUGACGAAUUUAAAACUGGAAAUAUUAGCCUACCAAGAGCAGCUCCCACUGUCGAAGAACCUCGCUCGCUUUGUUACUUACCCGGAAAAGGACACACUUGGGAUGGACAAGAUAUACAUGAUUAACCUACUGCGGAGACCGGAGAGGCGUGAGAGGAUGCGGCAGUGUUUCAAGGAGCUUGGAAUUCUCGCCGAAACCAUCGACGCCGUCGACGGAAGAACCCUGAACGAAAGCUCUCUGAAAAAAUGGGGUGUAAAAAUGAUGCCGGAGUACGCGGAUCCCUAUCACAAAAGGCCGAUGACCAUGGGCGAGGUUGGCUGCUUUCUGAGCCACUACGUAGUCUGGAAGAAGGUGGUGGAGAGCGGAUACGACAGGGUGAUGGUCCUCGAAGACGACAUCCGGUUCGAGCCCUACUUCCGGCAAAAAGUUAGCUUCGUAACGAGCGAGGUUGAACGGCUUAAGAUAGACUGGGACUUGGUAUAUCUAGGCAGAAAACGGCUUCAGGAUCAAGAGGAGCCCCCGGUUGAAGGGUCCAGAUACCUCGUCCUCGCCGGGUACAGUUAUUGGACCCUGGGAUACCUACUAUCGAGGAGAGGAGCCGAGAAGCUGCUGGAAGCAAAGCCCCUUGAGAACAUGGUUCCCGUUGACGAGUACCUGCCGAUUCUCUUCGACAAACAUCCCAGGACUGCGUGGAAGGGUCAUUUUCCUGAGAGAGAUCUGGUCGCCCUCUCAGCUGCCCCGCUUCUCCUCUAUCCGACGCAUUACACCGGGGAAAAAGGUUACAUCAGCGACACGGAGGACUCUACAGUGAUCACCUCGUUACCGGGGACCAAGACUCGGGAAGAGCUAUAAUCUAGAGUGAGGCCGAUUCCAGAGGGGUAAGGGGGCGUCCACAUCCCCGUUUCGCCGUUGCAUCACGCAACCUGCCAAUAUCUGCGUUCACUUACGACCGUAAGACUCGCGGCUUCUAGCUCCAGUCUGUUAUUCUCCUUUCAGCUCGAUUACCAUGAUUAAGGUUUUUGAUCUCGCGAGGCAAAUGGAUAAUUGGAUAAUUCAUACCUUUAAUUAUUAUCGCUCUAUGUGCGAAAAUCCUCGUCUGAAAAUAAACUCAAUCGUGUGUUCUGUUAAAAUUAUUACUGUGAUGUAUUUUUUAUUCGGGCGAUAUUCAUUUCAGUCGUGAUACAUUUCAAUCUCAAACUCGUGCUAUGCGCAGAUAUUAGGCAUACCUGCGUAGAUUACUACUAUUGUCUACCACCCUAUCAUGCACGUAUAAAUAAUUCGCCUAUAUUUUUUAUACUCGACGUACUGCGUCAAUUAUUCGUGAUUUUACCUAUUGGUAUCCUCUGUAGUCUUAUAACAAAUUGCAUGUUGCCAUAUCAUAAUGUAAUCUAUAUCAAACUGAUAGAUCAAAAUAUUUCUGUAGGUUAUGAACACUUUUUACCAAUUUUUAAGUGAUCGAAUGUUUAUGCUGACGGAAA